CAGCCGGAUCCCUCCGCGCCCACCGCCCUCACAGCCCGCGGCAACGCCAACCCGGCUCCCCGCCGACACGGGGUGGCCGCUCUCAACCAAUCAGAAAGGGAGCGCCCCGCCGGCUGAGCCAAUCAGGAGCCGGAACAGAUGGAAAAUGAGCCAACUUCAGGCUUUGUUGAAUGACGGUCUUAUCAGAACAAAGCACGUGGAAAAUGCAGCUAUUAUCAACAUAAAUGAAAGAAAAGUCUGUGCAUCAACCUCUGGCUUUUAUGUGCCACCAGAGAAUGCCAUAAACCUGAUCUACACUUUCUACAAUAAUUUAAUGCAAGUCAGAAGGGAAGGACUCUACUUCAAGCAGAAGCACUAUAAAUGUGUCCGAGCAGAUGAGGAUUCCAUCUAUCUUAAAAACCCAGAUGGAGGCCUGAUAGCUGUGAAGACCAAUGCUUUCAUCCUAAUUGCUACUUACAAGGUGGGCAUGUAUCCCAGCGUGUGCGUGGAAGCUGUAGAGAAACUCGCAGACUACUUUAGAGACAAGGGCAGCUGACUCAGCAGAAGCCAUGAACUUCAUUGAGCUCAGAAGGACUGCUCACCAGGCAAAUAAGUCUAGAUGUUCGAUGCGUUACCCAACUCCAGCAAGCACCUGCUGCUUUACCACACUCCAACUGCAGAGUGAAGGCUGUUUCCCCAUUUUUAUUUCAAGAACUCUUGAAGGUUCACUGCUCCCAAGAGGACUACCUUAUGUGUGUAUCACCCAAGUUUUUAAAUAGAAUUGAGUGAUGUCCUCAAGAUUGGGUUUAGGAUGCUUUCCUUAAUCUUUUGAGUGUUGUCUUUUAGCCCGUUUCUAGAUAAGCACAUUAUUCAUCUCCCUGAGCAAAGUAACUUCGCUCAGAGCAUUUCUCUCAGCUAUGUAGCAUCGCAGACCCAAGGGACUACGGAAAUUGUUACAUUAACAGAUUUUCAGUUUGCCCUGCAUGCCCUUGAGUAUUACAAAUAAAACGCAUUUUUCACAUCA